AUGUCCGAUACCAAGGCUCGGCUUGCCGCUCAGAGAUCCUCUCCACUCCCCGCUAGUUACAUACCUGUAGCUCAAUCCCCGGAGCAGGUUGCUCCCACAUUAGAGGCUCCUCAGAGCGGAGACACCCUACCAGAAGUGCCUGCCACGCAUGUCGAAAAACAAGACAACGUCCUUGCAUACCUCGCGACAAAAGAGUUCUACAUUACCCUUUUCCUCGGACAGGUUCUGGCUAUCACCAACACUGCCUGUAGCACAUUCAGCACACUACUGGUCAGCGAGGGAACCUCAAUCCCGGCUUUUCAGACAUUCUUCAACUACUUUCUGCUCAAUGCUAUCUUCACCCCAUAUACCAUAUACCGUUAUGGCCUGAAAGGCUGGACACGGGUAGUGCUUCAGCACGGUUGGAAAUAUAUUAUUUUGGCCUUCUGCGACGUGGAAGGUAACUAUUUCAUUGUGCUGGCCUAUCGCCAUACGACUAUGCUGAGCGCCCAGUUGAUAAAUUUCUGGGCCAUUGCGGUCGUGCUUAUUGUGUCCUUCACAAUCUUGCGCGUGCGUUACCAUAUCACACAGGUGUUAGGUAUUAUGAUCUGUAUUGGCGGCAUGGGCUUCCUGAUUGCUUCGGACCGGAUCACUGGUGCCGAUGACGGGAACUAUUCGCGCGCCGAUUUGAUCAAAGGCGACCUCUUCGCACUCCUGGGCGCGACAUUCUACGGACUUGCCAACACGGGUGAGGAGGUCUUUGUCAGUACGGCCCCGGUAUACGAAGUUUUGGGCCAAAUGGCCAUGUACGGCAUGGUCAUAAAUGGCGUCCAGGCGGGCGUUUUCGACCGCAACUCGUUCCAUAAUGCGAUCUGGAACUUCCAGGUUGGUAUCUACUUGACAGGAUAUACGCUGUGUCUUGCUUCCUUCUAUUGUAUGGUACCGCUGCUGUUCCGGCUGUCAUCGGCGGCAUUUUUCAACAUAUCGAUGCUGACGAUGAACUUCUGGGGGGUUCUCAUCGGGGUCGGGGUGUUUCACUACACAAUCCACUGGAUGUACCCGAUUGCUUUCGCGCUCAUUAUCCUCGGGCAGCUCAUCUACUAUCUGGGGCGGCGCGUGCUGGGAGAAGCGCGCAAACCCUGGCUGGGACGGAACCAAGAAUGCGGCGUGUCGGGACUAUUUACAGCACGAAGAAAGAUCGAGACCGCUGCCGGCCGGAGUCGCAGCGACUCCAUAUCCACGACUUGUUCAGAGAGUGAUCCUAUGCUACCACGUGCCAGUGUGGCUGAGGAAGCAGCUUAG